AUGAAACAGAGGGGAGCAGCACCAGGAGCAGCAGCAGCAGGAGGCAAGAAGGGCCCCGGGGCCAAAAAGGCAGGAGGCUUAAAAGUGGGAAAAAAAGACGAAGGGAAAACCAAGAGGUUUUUUUGGGACCCUUUGUUUGCAGACGAUGUGCCGGGGACUGUUUUUCAGAAAAGAGAGUCUUUUCCCGUCAAAAAAGAAGACGUGGAGGAAACUUUCGCCAAGCUGGCGCCGAAGGCGAAAACAGAAGUCAAGAAGCCAAAGGUUCUUCAACUGCUGCCAGACUCCAAGAGGUCCCAUACCAUGAACAUUGCUUUGGCCAAAUUUAGCAACUAUUCUUAUCAAGAGCUCAGGGAGGCCAUCAUAGACCUAAACCCCAAGAUUUUAACUGUGGAGGCGACGGAGAGCCUCCUGACCUUCGUGCCCACGCCCGAGGAAACCGCGGUGAUGAAGGAAUACAUCAACUCGGGCGGAGAUCUCAGGCUGGUGGACCGCCCCGAACAGUUCGUUGCUGCUAUGCUGGGCAUUCCGCUGAUGAAGCAGCGGCUGGAGUGCCACUUGUUUGGGCUGAACUUCGGGGAGAACUUCCGGGAGGCGUGUGGACCAGUGGACCACUUGGCGGAAGCAGCAGCAGCAGCGCGCAGCAGCAAAACCCUCAGGAGCUUCCUCUUUGCUGUUCUCGAAAUCGGAAACCUCCUCAACUACGGAGACCCUCAAAGGGGGAAUGCCGAGGGUUUCAAACCCUCGACUUUGGCCAAGUUGAACGAAGUCCGCUCCACCACCAAGCCCGUCCGCACGCUUCUCCAGUACCUCUGCGACAUUAUUUGGGAACAAAACCCCGCAUUGUUGGACAUCUUCAGCGAACUCAAGAUCUGCGACAAGGCCCAGAAGAUCGACAUCGGCGCUGUGGAGGGGAAGAUCCAGGCCUUGAAGCAGGGAGUGGCGAAAGUCAAAAACACUGUUCAAAUGGCGCGAAAGGGAAAUGAAGCUUCGGGUGUCUUGGGAGAAAAAGACCCGCUGGCCACCAUCAUGGACGAAUUCGUCGAAGAGGCAGAACCCAAAGUUGCAGAACUUGAAAAGUUCCUCAAAGAAGCCAUGGAGGAAUUCACCUCCACUGUCCACUUUUUGGGCUAUCCCGAAAAAGACGUGAAGAAAAUAAAGCCCGACGAAUUCUUCAAACAGAUUUUUGCCUUCGUGCGAAACGUGGAAACUGUGCGGAAGGCGAAGCAGGAGCUUCUCGAUCGCGAGAGGAAGAAACUGGAAGCUGCUGCGAAGAAAGCAGGCAAGGCCGCGUCCCUCGCGAAGAAAUAA